AUGGCCUCUAUGCGGCCUGGAAAAUUUUUCAAACAAUCCAAUUUUGUCAAAUUUUGUUCUCUGCUGUUGCUUGGAGCGGGGUACGUGACAUAUGUCCUUAUUGGAGGGGUCAUUUUCUGGAAGCUGGAAGGGGACCAGGUGAUGAGUGACAUUGCUCAGCUGGAGGUGAAGAAAAAAAGGUUCCUCCAGGUUUAUCCAUGUCUUGGACAAAGUGGUAUGGAUGAAUUGGCAGAUUUUAUGUUGGAUAUAUCUAAGAAUGGGAUGAGUCUGAAAAAUAACCACACAGCUGGAGGCUUCUGGAAGUUCACCAGCUCAGCAGUGUUUGCUGCUACAGUGGUGACAACUAUUGGCUACGGGAAUAUCAGUCCUAGUACGACGCCUGGUCAGAUGUUUUGUGUGUUCUUUGCCAUUAUUGGAAUCCCACUUAACAUGCUGGUCCUCAACCAAGUGGGCAAGUACAUGCUGGCCAUCGAAAGAAAUUUCUGUACCUCGAUUGCUAAGAAGACCAACCACCAGAAAGUUGUUCUUGUGUCACUCCAUUUUGCGUCAUUCAUUGGCUCAGCGUUCCUCUACAUGGUGGUCCCUAUGUUUUUUUUCAAAACCUAUGAAGGCUGGAGCUACUCACAGGGCAUGUACUAUUGCUUUAUCACACUCAGUACAGUAGGCUUUGGAGAUUUUGUCGCAGAUUAUAACCCUAACACUGAUUACCCUGACUGGUAUGGAUGCAUCUUGGGAGUUUGGAUAUUUUUUGGCAUGGCCUGGCUGGCUUUACUGAUCAAUCACACUAUCGACCUUCUGGGGCACUUAGAUGCUUACCUUAGAUCGGGGAAAAAGAGUGACAAGCCAAAAAAGUCACAAGACCAGGAGCUACCAGAGACACAGCAGAAAGAUUCUGAGAAAGAGAAAACAGAUAAAGAGGAAGCUGAUGACUGUGAAUGAUCUGUUCAUGCAGGACACUUUGGUUAAUGCCAACACCCACUCACACACAAAAAAAGAUACAGAUCAGAUGUACUGUAUAAAAGGAUGUAAAAAUCUCACAGAUUCUACGAUAAGAUAAAAUAACAUAAUAUAUUAAUUACAACAAAUGAUGUUGUAUUGUCCACGUGCUCUUUGUCCAAAAAGAUGCCUCAUCUAGUUUUUAAAAUUUUUUUUAUAAACCAUGAAGGAUCAUUCCAGAUUUUGUAUAGUUUAGUCUAAGCCACUUUUCUGUCUCCCGCUUAUUAUUACCCACUACAUUAACUGUGUUCUUACCACUAACCAACAAAUCAUCUCUCUCUCUCUCUCUCUCUCUCGCUUUCUCUUUCUCUCUCUCUCUCUCGGCAUUGACCGACAUAUUUCCAUAAACUAAAUAACGUGUGGUCGGAUAUGACUUAUUCUUGCCUUCCAGUUACAACCGGAAUGCCUACAACCAUUUGUGGACUACAGUAUCUUUUUAAAGGCUGUGUGUGAAUGCUCCUUAAAACUCAGUGGAUCUUCAGCACCAGUAGCUGGACUGACUGGUGUCCUUUAUCACCAAAUAGCACCAACAUCCACUAGAGGGCAUAGUGAAAUCAGCUAUUCAUAUAUCCCAUCUUAUAUCCCUCCUAAAAAUGAAGUUUAAGAGAAAAGCUUAUUUAUCUUUGUGGCAGUCAGUGUGAUAUAUUAAAUGUGAAUUUGCUCAUUAUUUUUAUUAUGAUAAUAAUAAAUUAUUUCUAAUUUACUUGUAUGUUAUUAUUUUAUUAAUAUAUGAUACGGUUUAUUAAAUGGUCUUAAAUACAGAGAAAUACAUGGGCAAUAGCAGUAAUUUUAUAGCGAUGACUCACAGUCUCUGAAAAGUGUCCAGUCUCAUAAAUAUCAUAUAAUGUAUCGUGUUCAACCAUCGAGUCCUGUCUAAACAACCGGGUUGCACAGCACUACUUCGCAUAUAGCUUCUGGCAUGUUUGGAUUUUACUUUUUUUUUUUUUUCCUUUAAAACCACACGCUCUGACAAGUCAGUGAAAUGAAUCACUUUGUCAUGGCGUAGGAAUGUUUCUUUGACAUGUACCUCUUUUGUGAAGAGCAAGUCUUUACAAUAAAC